AUGGUGUUCUGUUUGGCGUCUGGAGGGUGUCUCAACAUCUUCCUUUCCGAUGAUUUCUCUUUCACUCCGAUCACCAUGCUACGUUUCGGGCUUCUCGUCAUCCUCCUCGUCUCCGCUCAAGCGGCCGUGAGAGUCUCCAGGAAGGACCACCACAAUCGGAAGUUUACAAACGGAAAGAUCGUCGGCGGCAGACCGGCUACUUUGGGCCAGUUCCCAUACCAGGUGUCGCUACAGUAUUACUCCGGCGGUUGGAUACACUACUGCGGCGGGACCAUCCUGGACGAGAACCACGUGCUCACCGCUGGUCAAUGCCACCCUGUCCCAGGGGAAUUGGCUGUCGCUGGUAUCACCGACCUCCUGUCUCCAGGAUUCGAAGUUCAAGCGAGGACCAUUACCCGGGUUGUCCCGCAUCCAGAAUACUUUGGCUUAGUGAACGACGUCGCCGUGCUGACCGUGAACCCGCCUUUCGUGUUCAAUGAGUUCGUCGGACCCGCGGAGCUCCCUCUCGACGGCCAGCAGCCUUCCACCGGGCCAGGGGCUUGCACUGCAUCCGGUUGGGGAGCGAGGACCUGGACCGGCGGAAUCAACAUAGACCUCCUGUACGUGGACAUCGACUUCAUCGACGACGACACGUGCAUGGAGAUGUGGGCGCAGGACUUUGUAACCCUGCUUCCCGAACAGAACAUCUGCGCCGGGGUCGAGGAAGGAUGGCACACCGGUGAUUCUGGUGGACCCCUGAUGUGCGAUGCUGACGAUGGCGGCCGAUACCUGUUCGGAUCCACGUCGUGGGGCCCCCAGGAAUGCGGCAUCCCCGAGCGACCCGCUGUCUGGGCGGAGGUCCCGUACUUCAACGACUUCAUCCUCGACCAGAUCGGGGGAGCUUAAUCCACCUUCAUUCCCUCGUUGCCCAAUAAUACCGGUCCACA